AUGGCAGAGGCGGCUAACACUGCGGGAAAUGCUGCUUACAAGGAAGGCAAAUUUGGCAAGGCCGAAGAACACUAUCUCGAGGCGACCCGAAAAGAUGGUGCAGAACCCAAAUACCCAUCUAAUGCAAGUGCCGCUCUGUUUGAGCAAGGGAAGUACGUGCCAUGUGUCGAGACGAUCAUAAAGGCCUGGCGACGACUUUCCGACAAGAACAACUCUCGGAUGCCGACCGCGUCGGACGCGUUAGCCAUCAAGCCCGCUACUAGGCUAGCCAAAUGCAAUCUAAAUGGCUUCACAAGACGUUUGAUCUCACCGCAUGCCACACCAUCAACGGCCGAGGAGCAGCAAAGAAGCGAGAUCGAGGCGCGGAUUGAGCAGUUCGUGUAUCUUGGCCGGGAGGAUGAGGACUCAAAGGUUAAGGAAAUGUUGACAGUCUGGCAGCAGUGGCGUGCCAUCCGGUUUGAUUGCGCCCAACAUUCGACCAAGGAGUGCAAGAGAAGGAUUGCGAAUGCAAAGGAGCGCUUGAGGGCCUUGAAGAUCAUGAAGUCGCAGUGCAUCCCUCUCAUGGAGUACUUCAGGUUUGGACAUGAUCCAGUUAUAUCAUUAAUGGCCGGGCCAAACGACGGAGAUGACUACGCUAUGGAUCUCAGGACGCCAACAGAGAUGAUGGACAAAGACGGCAACAUCGCUUUGUACUCCUUCCUCUUCGGAGGAUCUGGCGAUUCUCGUCACGUCUUCGGUACUCUGAUACAUUUCGCCGACUGGGCAAACGAGACUAGGACGAACCAACAGGUGGAGACUUGUGCAGGUCUAUUCACGUUGGUGGAUAUCCAUCCCGCAACAUUGGCGAGGACGCUUGUUAUGCUGCGCCUGUUGCAGCUCAUAAUGGGAUUUAGAGGCUCCCGGGACAAGAUUUUGUUGGCCGAGCUUCACGCGACGCUUUUCUACGUCUUCAACGCGAUGGUCAUGCCGGAAUACUGUCGCCGUAUCGUCAUGGAAGUCUCGAAAGCCCUCAUCAAGGAUCUUCCACAAGGCCCGGAUUACUCUUACCCCAAACUUUAUAUCAACGACCAAAGCCUUGCUGAGAUCCUGGGUGUUCUUCGAUACUGGAGCACUCCGCUCAAAAAGAGCGCCAAGAUCUUCCUGACGAGAAAUGCGGGCGUGUCUUCUUCCGCGCAGCGCGCAUUAGAGCUGCAGGACCCGUACAGCAGCAAACCGAAGCCCGGCGCGGAAGAGCUCCUCCUUCGGAUGAUGAUGAUGCAGCGGGAUGUGCCCAACCCGAAUGAGCGGCCAAAAGGUGCUGAGACAUGCGAUGUCCCAUACGAAAUGUCCACGGCGGAAGGAGAGAUUUAUGACCGCACGAAAGCUUUAUUGCCUCCCAAAGUUUUAUUGUCUCGCACUCCUGCACCGCAAAAGCUGGUCAAGGGAUAUAAGAAAGCAGGGAAGGAUUUGUUCGACGCUGCUGCCCGCGAAGUCGAAGAGACGUGGUUACCCAAUCCAACACUCUUCGAGUUACACUCGACAGAAGCACCCGAAUUCGGGGGUGGAUAUCCUCAAAUCAACGGCGGUCCAUAUGACACCAUGCUGUCCUUUGCCAGGUUCACGAAACAGUACCAGCGUGGGCCUGACAGGUCGAAGAAGACAGGGUACUCAAUCAUGAGUCAAUUUUUCGAGGUCCUAGCGGAGGCGCUUUGGUCAGUUAGCAGGAUGCUGAAAUUUGAGAUUCUGGUUGGGGAUGUGAUCACUGGAGUGCCGAGACUGGUCGCAGGUGAUUUUGGGAAGCGGCCAAAGGAAUUUCCCAGGACGUACUCUAGAAUUUGGUUGAGCAACGUCCCCGAUUACACCCACGGGAUUCUCAACACCGCCGUUCAUUUGACUCCUCAUAUCAAACCCGACUGUCUCAUUCUGUCCAACUGCCUGUUGAAUACCGGCCUUUUCAAGACUAUUCACGACCUUUGUUACAACUAUGCACUUGUAUGCACCCAUGCAUUACCCUCAUUCCUUGGUUGUGAAAUCGUCAACGACCAAGCUUCGCCCUAUAAAGACAGCGUCAUCGCGCCUUUCGACCUCCCUCUUCCUAUGAAGAACCUCGCCACCAAGAAACAACUCCAUUCCUGGCUUUCUCAAGUCCUCCUGACCACGUUCAUCAACGGCAAACCACCGCCGCCUCCCUUGCGCGUCGAAGUCCCGAACAAUCUCGCCGCCUUCAUCCAUCUCCUCAACCAUCUGCACCGUGUCGGCUACCCCGGGCAUUGGCUGGGUGAUUUCCUUCAGGCAUGUCUCGAGGAUAAAUUGGCGACGGAUGCCGUGCCGUAUACAGAGUCGCUACGGACACCUCCCAGCGAGCGCAUCGGCGCUCAUGGAGAGGUCGCUGGCAACCUGACCGAACGGAGGGUGCGCGUGGGCGCAUGGCGAGCUGAGUUUGAGUCUAUCCUCGCUCGAGUAAGCCUAGCAUUACCGUUCGCAGUCUCGCUGCCCGAAGGCUGCGCCAAAUUUGAUGACGUCGGCAUGUAUCGCGCGAAGGUCAAAGCCGGAAACGUCAUGCGUAACCCGCACAUGUUCUCGCUCUCUUCUCCUUUGGUUAGGUGCUUGACAUCCUCUAUGGGGAUGCAGCCAUGUCGAGGACUGAGGUGCAGUUCUGGCUUGGUACAGAGAGCGUGGACACACGGUCCGGCGAUGUCGUGUGGAAGAUGGGGAAGACGUGGAUGCAGAAGAUGA